AUGAACGCCCCGAUCUCGUCCCCGAAGACUCAGCAGAGCUCCUUCCUCCCGUCCACGCGACAGUCACCGACGAGCCAGUUUGUGCCGCCUCCGCCGGUGCAGAACCGCGCGUCUUCCAACACGGACGUCUUCCUCAAGGACUUCACCCUCGUCGCCGAGGCCGCGAAACGGGCCCAGAUGGCCGUCAUGAUGCGGGACUUCGAGGGCGUCGGCAUCUCGUCAUGA